CGCUGAACCACGUAUAGCGACGCAAUGGAGGCAUCCCGGAAGGCUCAGUUGUUUCCCAAGGCACAAAUACACAUCGUAUGGCUGCUUCUAGUUUAUGUGUCGCUCGCUGUCGCUGAUAUAAUGACAGAUAAGACUCAGCUGCCGAGCAGAGAGAGAGCUCUAAGAGGAAGGGAGGAGAAAAUUAUCGUGGCAGACAAGCAUGCAGUCAGUGGGAAUCCCACUGUGGAGCCUUUUCCAGAAGGCAUGGAGACCAUCAUGUUUGGAAUGGGCUGUUUCUGGGGAGCUGAGAGACUUUUCUGGCGGCUUCCAGGAGUCUUCUCCACACAGGUGGGCUACGCUGGCGGUUUUACACCCAACCCCACUUACCAUGAGGUCUGCUCAGGUCUGACAGGCCACACCGAAGUGGUGAGGAUUGUCUUCUCUCCUCAAGAGAUCCGCCUUGAAGAGCUGCUCAAACGCUUUUGGGAGAACCACGAUCCCACACAAGGUAUGAAGCAGCACAAUGACCAGGGCACUCAAUAUCGCUCAGCUAUUUACACAUCCAACCCAGCUCAACAGGAAGCUGCAUUGAAGAGUAAAGCAGCCUUCCAGCAGGAGCUGGAUAAGAAAGGCUACGGUCCCAUCACAACCGAGAUUCUGGAGGGGCAGCAGUUUUAUUACGCCGAAGAUUAUCACCAGCAGUACCUGAAGAAGGUACCCAAAGGCUACUGUGGCUUAAAGGGCACAGGGGUCUCUUGUUGCAUCGCAGCCAACAAGGAUGAGCUAUGAGGGAUGCGUGGGAGUUCAUGAAGGCAGCCGUGUUCUUCAAAGUCUGAUGAAUCUUCCUUCCGUAGUCAAACCGGGGUUUUGAUUUGUCUUUUCGGUACAUCUUCAAAACGUUCUCUGUUUUUGGUCACUUCUAAAUUAUGUGAAAUAAUUAAACAUAUACCUGGAAACUCAUUUCUAUCUUCUUGUAAGCUUCUCCUGCUGUGAGCAUUAUUUAUUUUAAUAUUUUGAGAACUGGGCAGCUGCUUAAAGGGGUUUGUGGCAACUGAUUGAGGAGUCAAGAAUGCUAAAGCUUUGAAAUGGUAUUUUUGUAACAACUGUGAAAAGCCAUAGCAGUAAGAAGCAAUAGUAAUUCAAUUUUCAUACAGAUAUUUAUUAAAGUAAUCUAAGCCUUAAAUUUUCUUUUGGUGUUUUUCUUUUGAUCAUUCCGAAAAUAUGCAAAACAAAGAUAAAUUUCUUGCUUAAAUGGUUUAAAUUAAUGUCUGUGUUUUAACUUUAUGACUAAAUGUUCAGCUCUUUGACAGUUUACAGAAGAUAUAACUUUUUAUUUAGCUUUUUACUAAUGUAAGUAUAUAUGCAUUUAACUUUAGAGAAAGUGCUCUUAUUAAGCAAAAGCAAAACUUGAGAUAUGUAAAUCAUGUUUAACUUUAUACAAUAUAUACACUGCCUGGCGAAAAACAAAACGUCACCACCUGGAUUUAACUAAGCAGAUAGGUACGAUUCUCAUAUUGGAUGAUUACUGCAUGGGGGGUUAUCUUUCAGCUAGCAAUAAGUUUUUUAACCCCAACAAUGCAAUGAGUAGCUACACAUUUCUUAAGCAUCCAUGUCAAAAGACACAUCCCAUGGUCGAGGAGAAGAUGUGAGUCUGUUUAAGAAGGGUCAAAUCACUGGGAUCAAGCAGAGAAAACAUCUAAGGAGAU